AUGCCGGGAAAUUCACACCGCCGGGUAUCCGUCGUGGCAAUCAUCAUCUUCACGGUGAUGAUCACGUUGCUGACGUGUCCAAUAGUCAUCAACGCUUCAUCAUCAUCAGAUUCUUCUUCAGCCAGCAGGAAGCUCGACGAGGUAGAUCCCAUAAAGUGCUCUCCAAGCUGCAUCCAAAACCCUCCUCCUCCGUCUCCUCCACCACCGUCUCCGCCGCCUCCAGCAUGUCCUCCGCCGCCGGCUCUCCCUCCACCGCCGAAGAAAGUCUCACCAAACUGCCCACCGCCUCCACCGCCGGCUAAUUUCUUGUACAUAACGGGUCCGCCGGGAAAUCUCUACCCCGUUGAUGAGCAGUUCGGAGCGGCCGCCGGAAAAAGCUUUAUGGUGGUGAAGCUCUCAGGUCUAGUCGGAUUCGGAAUUCUGGGUCUCUUGAUUCUAUGA